AAGAAUAUGGUCUACACGCUAAUGUUUUUCCCGCGUCUGACGGACUAAUUGCCGAAAUAGAUAAAUCAAUUUAUGGAUACACAUCGGGACUGUCAACCUCACGCAAUCAACGGAUUAUGAAGUGAUGGAAAAAAUGCCCUUCGUUGUGAUUAAUGAUUCAGGUGCGAGGGUGCACACGGUGUGUUUCUUUCGGCCAAAAUGUGGUAUUUUUUAUUGGUGUAUCUGUCCUUUGCGUUGGCCAGCGAGGAUCUGAAGAUAACGUAUCUGAAUCGGACCGAGGUAUUUUUAUCCGACCACAGCGUUUUAAACGCGACGUAUGGCGUGGUGGUUAACAGUACGACAGCGGCACCGGAGAAGGCUAAAGAGACGGUUAAUUAUAACCGUACCAGGACGUUUCUCAACAUCUGUUUUCUGUGGGAAACGGACUCCUACUAUUCAUCGUAUAAUCGGGUGGCGCCGUUCGUUGAGCUGGGGAUUGAAGAGGGAAAUAAGAUUCUGAAGAAGUACAACAUCGAGAUGCGACAGUUUUAUCAGAGCACGGGUCCAUCGUGCACCAGUGGACAGCAGAUUGCCAUACGGAAUUUCUAUAAUCUCCUUAAUUCCGGCGUCAAAUGCCAGAUUAUGAUCGGCAUUAGUUGUCCGCACUCGGUGACGGCUCUGUACGGAUUCGCCCACUACUUGAACAUCCCGCUCUUGGCGAUUCCCGGUGCCGGCGCCACAUCCGUCCAACCGGAUGGUUCCUCCAGUUUCUUCCCACUCUUCGUCCAACCGACGUGGAGCUCGACGGAUCUCUGCACCUUCAUGAUACGCUUCCUAACGGUCUACAACCUCACACAGAUCACCGUCAUCCAGGAUGAUUCCUACAAUUUUUACGUCAAUCUGGCCAUCAGUUUCUCUAAGACGGUGAAGAACCUCAACUACCCGAUUUAUGCCAGCAUGAUCAUCGAGCCGGUGAAGGCGCUGGACACGGAUCAGGCCACGUACAAGAAAAUCCUCACAGCCCAUACCGAACGAUCACGAGUUAUGCUGAUUCUCGGACACGCGUUAUGUGUCAGGAACAUCAUGAUCGCCGCUGCGGAACUGGGCUAUACCCAAGGAGAACACAUUUAUAUCGCUGUCGAGCUGUUCGAGCUGAAAGCGUAUUGGGGCACUAACGAUCCGGAAGCGGUGGAUGCACCGGCUGGCGACCAUUCCGACCUGAUUGCCAUACCGGCGUAUGAGAGCCUCCUCGUCUUCCAGUUAAUGGACGACACCGUGGUCGGUCCGCUGGAAGAGCAGUUUGAACUGCAGGCCACACACUAUGCCCGGGUCAAGUAUAAUUACUCGUUUGGAGCGCUGGAAAAAAUCGACAUAAUAUUGCGGAACCACUACGAGUCUCUGGUCAUCUACGCGAUGAUCAUCGAUAACCUGAUUCAGCACGGCAAGAAUCACCUCGAUGGGAAACUGGUGACAUCGCGCAUGUUCAUGCAUGAGUACGAGGAUCCAUUGGGCGGGAUGUUCUACUUUGGCGAUGCCCGGCAGAAGGAGAAAGGCUACAUCGCUAAGCAUUUCAAUGCGCUGGAAGAUAAAUACGAGAUUGUAGUAACGUGUCCGCCGCACAGCAACUUCACGUUCUACCGCAAACAGAAGUUCAACUGGCCCGGCCGACAUACCGAUACACUGCCGCCCAAUGAGCCGAAAUGCGGGUACCGUGGCGAGAAAUGCCUAGUGAAUCUGUCCACGUCCAUGCUGGGCUUCAUCGUAGCCAUCUGUCUGGUGUUUGGGGCUAUCAUGGCGGUCGCCGGUGGCGUUAUUGCCGUUCGUUUGUGGAAAACCAAGAAGGAGUCCAAUCCGUACUGGUGGCGAAUCCCGCUGGACCAGAUCGACGUAAAGGCGCAUAAAAGCCUCGCACUGUCCAGACGCUCCAUGAGAAGUUCGAUGACACUGGCCACCAUGACAACCAGCGCCCAGUUGUCCGCCCAGAUGGUUGGACUUUUCGGGCUGUACAAUGAGAACAUGGUCGGACUGAUUGAUGUGGCCGAUCACCGGCUCCAGCCCAACAAAGACUUGGUGGAUCAAUUGCUGACAAUCAAGAAAACGGAACACAGCAAUCUACAGCGCUUUAUCGGCAUCGCCCUGGAUGACAGCAAUACCUGCAUAUACAUCGUGGGCGAGAUGUGCGUAAAAGGCAGUCUGACGAAUGUCAUUGAGAAUCCGGUACUGAAAUUGGAUUGGUUCUUCAAGAACCUCAUGAUACGCGAUCUGGUUAGGGGAAUGGAGUACCUGCAUUCGACGCCCAUCACGUCGCACGGUGGCCUGACAUCCAACACGUGCUUAUUCGAUAAUCGUUUCACGCUGAAAAUCUCCGGUUAUGGUCUGUCGUAUUUCCGCCGGAAGAAAGAUCUACUGCCACCUGAUCCAACGGAUUAUGAGCGGGACUGGGAUCACCUGUUGUGGCGGGCGCCGGAACUGUUACGACAGCCUAUGCCGCCGAAGGGCACACCGAGAGGCGAUGUGUACAGCUUUGCCAUCAUCCUCCAGCAAAUUAUUCUGCGUUCCGGCCCUUACGAAAUGCCGGACGACUUUAACUCGGAAAUGGAAUCGCCGCGGGAAAUUGUUAUGGAGGUAUUGGAAGCAUCGCCACCUCUGCAGCGGCCACGCGUGCCGCGCUCGGCCUGCUCCAACGAGCUGUACGAUUUGAUGGAGCGUUGCUGGGAGGAAAUUCCGCUCGAGCGACCGACCUUCGCCAAAAUCAAAGAACGGCUGGGGAAGGUGUUUGGUGAUAUCGGGGAUAACGUCAUUGAUUCGCUGUUUAAGCGGAUGGAACAAUACGCCGCGGAUCUGGAGAAGAAAGUGGCGGAACAAACAGCGGCGUUUGUGGAUGAAAAGCAGAGGACCGAUCAACUGCUCGGAGAAAUCUUGCCCAAAUCUGUUGCGGCAGCAUUGACAAAAGGAUUAAUGGUCGGACCGGAAGCGUUCGACAGCGUUACCAUCUACUUUAGUGACAUCCCCGAGUUUGGGAAUUUGUCUUCCAAGGGAACGCCGUUCAACGUCAUCGAUCUCCUGAACAGUCUGUACGAGUUCAUCGAUGGUAUUCUGAUGCGGUACGAUGUGUACAAAGUGGAGACAGUUCAGGAUGCCUUUCUGGUGUCUUCCGGGUUGCCGAUGCGCAACGGCAACAAACAUGUGGUGGAAAUCUGUGCCAUGGCGUUGGAUGUGAUUAACGGUGCACAAGCCUUUGCCGUGCCGCAUUUGCCUGACGAGCGAAUCGGUGUCCGCAUCGGCAUCAAUUCUGGGCCCUGCGUGACGGGAAUUGUUGGAAAAAAGAUGCCACGAUACUGCUUGUUCGGUGAUACGGUUAACACAGCUUCCCGAAUGGAAUCAACGGGCGAUGUGAUGAAAAUACAGUUCAGCCCAUCAACGAAACAACUGCUCGACAGUGUCGGCGGGUUCGUCUACGCUGUCCGUGGAGAAAUCCCGGUUAAGGGGAAAGGAUUGAUGACCACGUACUGGCUACUAUCGAAGCGGGCGUGAAACUGUAAAGAAAAAAGCGGUUCACAGAUUUUGAAGGGAAUAUCGCGUCAUCCAUGUGCAAGAUUUUGUGACGCGCCAAGUGUGGUACGCAUGUUUUCCAAGCGCGUUUUCGUUUAGGAUUUUCCUGGUCAAGCUCACGUCUUGCCAUAUUAUUGAAGGUAGAGGGUUUAUAAGGGGGUUACUUUAUUUGCUGCUCUGAUUGAGUUACCAGCAAUGACGCAGUUGCAAAGUGGU